CCCCAGAGGGAACCAGGAGAGGCCGCGCCCCGGGCCCCCAGAACCCCAAAGAGUCCGGCAGAGUCCGACGGACCCGCGGCCGCGAUGCCGGACGAGCUGACGGAGCCCGGGCGCGCCACGCCGGCCCGCGCCUCUUCCUUCCUCAUCGAGAACCUGCUGGCGGCCGAGGCCAAGGGCGCCGGGCGCGGGGCCCAGGGCGGCGGCGGCCGCGAGGAGGAAGAGGACGACGACGAUGAUCCGGAGGACGAGGACGCGGAGCGGGCGAGGCGGCGGCGGCUGCAGCGGCGGAGACAGCUGCGCGCGGGCUCCGGGCCGAGCGGGGAGGCGCGGACCCGCGCGCUGCUUGGGCCGGGCGCGCUGGGCCUCGGUCCCCGGCCGCCCCCGGGUCCCGGGCCGCCGUACGCGCUGGGCUGCGGCGGCGCCGCGCGCUGGUACUCGCGGUCGCACGGAGGCUACGGAGGCGGCCUCAGCCCUGACACCAGCGACCGGGACUCACCGGAGACGGGCGAGGAGAUGGGCCGCGCAGAGGGCGCCUGGCCGAGGGGCUCCGGGCCGCGAGCAGUGCAGCGAGAGGCGGCGGAGCUGGCGGCGCGGGGACCGGCGGCCGGCGCGGAGGAGGCGGCGGAGCUGGCCGAGGCCCCUGCGGCGGCGGCGGCGGCGGCCGGGGAGGCCCGCGGCGGGGUCGGCGGCCGCAAGAAGAAGACGCGCACCGUCUUCUCGCGCAGCCAGGUCUUCCAGCUUGAGUCCACCUUCGACCUGAAGCGCUACCUGAGCAGCGCCGAGCGCGCUGGCCUGGCCGCGUCCCUGCAGCUCACCGAGACGCAGGUCAAGAUCUGGUUCCAGAACCGACGCAACAAGUGGAAGCGGCAGCUGGCAGCCGAGCUGGAGGCGGCCAGCCUGUCCCCGCCGGGCACGCAGCGCCUGGUCCGCGUGCCGGUGCUCUACCAUGAAAGCCCCCCGGCCGCCGGGGCCGCCGCCGCCGCUCUGCCCUUCCCGCUGGCCCCCGCCGCGCCCGCGCCGCCGCCGCCGCUGCUCGGCUUCUCCGGGGCCCUCGCCUACCCGCUGGCCGCCUUCCCGGCUGCCGCCUCCGCGCCCUUCCUGCGGGCGCAGAUGCCCGGCCUGGUGUGA